UCUUGAUUCUGUCCAUAUACCCAUUCUCUCUCUCUCUCUCUCUCUCUCUCUCUCCAUCAUCCUUUCCACACUCCUCUGUUCUAAUUUAUCUCCCUCCACCAGCAGCUAAUCUAUAUGCUAAUAAGCAGACUGCAAUCAAUGACGUAUAUGUCUGCAUGACUGCAAUCAAUAUGAUAUUUUCCUCACAUAUGAAGGAAAUUUCACAGUGACACUAGCAGAUGUAAUUCAGAAAGAAUAAGUGGUUCAAUUUACCAGCCCUUAUAACAAGAUCCACUUUCCUCAGUUGAAGUCACGAGUAUCCUGUAUAAUUAUUUUCAAUUUGAGACACCUCCUCAAAGUAACCAUUAUUGACCACUGAGUGUGCGGUGCAACACUGAUUGAUAUUCCCGCAAAAAAAAAAAUAACUUGACCUGUUAGUUUGAGAGAGUUCACUGCACUCUCGCCAGUCCUUCUUUCAAGGAAUAGCAUGUCUGUAAUUGCAUCACAGGUGCCAUAAACCUAUUGCAGUGAUGUUAAGCAAGAGGAGAUGUCACUGAGCAAAAAAAUUAUUUAUGCGCAACCGUGUGGAUUUCCUUAUCCUUCUAAAAAUAGUUUAAUCUUCCAUUCUUAAUUUAGCCACAGCCCCUUCCCCUUUCACAUAUUACAGCUCAUCAAAUUAUGACAUAAACACCGGGGACACUCAGACUGAAACCUGAACACCAGACAUCAAAUAGUGUCCCGGGAUCACAUUUACCGUGAGCUCUCUCCUGGAAUUGGCCUUGUCCCUACAAUUUGGCAGCACCAUCCUCCGCUGCUUCAAUUCUGUUAAGGGGGUUGGUGAUGCUUAUGGAAAAGGAUAAAAAUCAUUAUCCUCAUCUUCAUUAGAGGAGAUCCAAUCGUCCAAUCAGCACGCAGCUCUGCAUCCGGAAUUCCGAAAGGCACCCCCCGUUGGCUGUCGCUAGGAAACCACAUAAUCAGGGUGGAAAGAGGCAGAGGGCUUGCAUGCAUGCUUGUGUGUGAGAGGGAGAGUGUGAGUUGGCUGGGACGGCGGAUGCUCGUUUUGAGGAGGCAGGACUGGGAUACUCACACAUGCACGCACACACACAUACGCGCGUCAGACAAAGAAGCGACAGGCUCCCGGGGGAUGGGGCUCACCACAGGAGCGCGUGCUGGCCCACAGAGGAGCUUGCAUAGACUGGGCCAGCGGGGCAGUCGUGGGUCAAAGCUGAGGCGUCAGGGUGGCACCAUGGAGGGCGAGCAGGGUCCUCCUGCUUCCAGUGCCAGCAUGGCAAGCACCUCCAGCUCCUCCAGUAACACUACAACUUCUACAACCAGCACCAGCAGCACGCCUAGCACCACCAACACCACCAACACCUCCACUGUCCCCAGCAGCAGCAAUGCCAGCACAAGCAGCAGCACUAGCAGCAGCAGACAAACUGUUUCCCAGAUAUCAGUAUACAGUGGGAUACCCGACCGACAAACUGUACAGGUGAUUCAGCAGGCCUUGCACAGGCAGCCGAGCACAGCGGCUCAGUACCUGCAACAGAUGUAUGCAGCUCAGCAGCAGCAUCUUAUGCUUCAGACAGCAGCACUACAGCAGCAGCACCUCAGCACAGCUCAGCUCCAGAGUCUGGCAGCCGUGCAGCAGGCCAGUAUAGCUGCUGGUAGGCAGAGCUCUACCCAGAACGGCACUUCAUCCACCCAGAGUGGCUCCUCACAAACUACAAUUAAUUUAACAACGUCUCCUGCCACAGCUCAGUUAAUAAGCCGUGCCCAGAGUGUAAACUCCUCCCCUUCCGCAAUCUCUCAGCAGGCGGUGCUGCUAGGCAACGCCUCAAGCCCCACCCUCACAGCCACCCAGGCGCAGAUGUACCUGCGUGCCCAGAUGGCUCAGCAAAGUAAUCUGGUGCAUGUAGCUAGAAGUCUCGGCCGAGCUGUUCCUCUGUCCCCCCAGCUUAUCCUCGCUCCUACAGCUACUGUGACUGCUCUCCAAUCUGACGCCAGUGGAACAAGUAACACUCAGUCUGCGUCUGCACAGGUCCAGAAUCUUGCCCUUCGCAGUCAUCAGGGGGCGACAUCCUCCUCUCAGUCCACUGGUCUGCAGGCCCUGAGCCUUAAACAGACUCCUGUCUCCAUCCAGCCCACUCCACUCAUCAAGACCCCUAGCCAGAGUGCCUCCAACUCAGGGACCAUCACAGGGAAGGGUGGGCUCCCUGUGGUCACCACAGAUGGAGGGAAGAAACCAGAGAGCGGAGAGACUGAGGCCAAGGCAGUGAACAUGAGCCGCAGUGUGACAUCUUCUCAGCCCCUUAUCGCACCAACAUAUACCCAGAUUCAACCCCAAGCCCUGAUCAAGCAGCAACCACAACAGUUUGUCAUUCAAUCCCAAGCUCCACCCACUCCUCGAAUACAGACCCAAUUACUACAGACCGCCUCAAUCCAGCCCCACCCACAGACUGCCGCGCUUGGCCUCCAGGGCUCCUCAGCUGGAGGACCUGUCCCCGUCCUACCUAAACCAGCAGCUCUCAGCCAGGGAUCGGCUCCGAGCCAACAAGCCACCAUCUUCCAUUCCACAGUGAGCCAGCACUCAGGCCUGAGCCAGUCUAAAGCUCAGCCUGUCCAGCUUACAGCCAUCAACCUGCAGAUCCAGCCUGCACAUAGCCAGGCCUCCAGACUUGCUCAGGACAGUAAGGAUAAGCCCACGUCUCUGGUAAUAAGAGAGAUUUGCCAGCCUCUCGGUGCCCAGGUACCCACAGCUGCCCCGUCACAGGACACCAAUCCUCCAGAGCCACCUAAAGCUGACACUGGGACUGCCACAGACCAAACUCAAGGCGCAGUGGAGACCCCGAGCACAGCCACCAUGACACCCCGAGGAGAAAGUGAACCGGCUAACGGUGAAAACAAACCACCUCAGGCCAUCGUGAAGCCCCACGUGCUCACACAUGUGAUUGAAGGCUUUGUCAUCCAAGAGGGAGCUGAACCAUUUCCAGUGGAGAGGCCUCCAGUUCAGACAGACAGCCUUAAGAAAGCAGAGAAGCCACUGCCUUCAGACUCACAGAAAACCGCACUGAACAACGUCCCCACCACCACUGACUCUGAGCCUGAGGAAUCCUCACAACAAGAUCCAGCAGUGAGAGAUGAGGAGGAGCCAGAAGAGCCCAAGCUGACGUGUGAGUUGUGCGGCUGGGUCGAUUUUGCCUACAAGUUUAAAGGCUCCAAGCGAUUCUGCUCUGUGGUGUGUGCGAAAAGGUACAAUGUCGGGUGCACAAAACGCAUUGGGCUCUUCCACCCUGACCGUUCCAAAACCGCCAAUCGGUGGAGAAGAAGGUCACACAAUCGAGGUUGUAGAACUACAGAGGCAAAGAAACAGAGGCUCUCUGUGUGCCAGCAGUCUCAGGGUGAGUCCGUGUCCUCUCCACUCCCCUCUCAACCCAGUCAAGGUGAGUCCAGUCCCUGCUCAGACAUCUCCAGUUAUGAGGAGCUACCAUCUCCUCUAUCUGCUGCCAGCUCCAGCCCUGUGGGGCCACCCCGAGGGCCCUCCACCUCCGAUCCGGAAGACGUUCCUACACUCAGUGAGCACUUCCUGCCAUGUGACCCUACCAAGUGGAAUGUGCAGGAGGUGUUUGAGUUCAUCCGCUCUCUGCCAGGUUGUCAGGAAAUUGCGGAUGAAUUCCGUUCUCAAGAGAUUGAUGGACAGGCAAUGCUGCUACUGAAGGAGGACCACUUAAUGAGUGCUAUGAACAUCAAACUAGGUCCAGCGCUCAAGAUCUUCGCCCGCAUUAACAUGCUCAAAGACUCAUAGCCUCAGAAGGCAGAGUGAGAGAGUGUGUGUGGGUGUGCGAAAGUUUUAUGCGUUUCUCAAUGGUCAUCUAAAGGUGACCUCACAAAUACAAAUGCACUAUAAAGUUUAAAAAAACGGUACCUCCUGAAGGUCAAUAAAUGAAAGGAAACAAAAACAAAGUAUCUAUGAAGGAUGGCACAAGUACUAAUGUCCGCUCACAAAGUACACAGUACCUUUGAGAAUGCUGAAGAGCAGUACAUCUGCACAUGAUGUUUAAAGACACUUUUGAUACAGGGAUAACAGAUGGCACAAGGUCUAAACUUCCACAUCCAACAUAUGUCUAUAUGUGAACAGUGUAGCCUGGAUUGUACUCCCAUUACAACAAAAUUUCAGCAUUUUAUACCUUGUCCUAUUUACAGCUGUAUAAUAUUGUUGAUUUCAGAAGUUUUUAUCUUUUUGUACAUGCCUGAUCCUUUUAUAUAAUUAUGUGCAAGUAAAUUAUUCAUUUUUGUGUG